CGGCUGCAGUGUAGCAGCUAAACCUCCGUGUUCGUUCACACAGCGAGCACAACUGCUGCGUUAUAGUGUUUCGGGAUUAUGUCGGGAAGUGACAAUGACUCGGUCGACUUGACCAGAACAAGCUCACCAGUUUAUCACAGAAAAAAACACAGCAUGGAUUCAUCCAGGUCUCCCAGAAGCUCCAAACACCAUCAUUCACGGUCAAGGUCACGCUCCAGGGACCGAAAACGUGACAGAAAAUACAGACGCAGUCGCAGCAGGAGUAAAGAGGCACGAAGGAGGGACUCUGAGAAGCCACCAAAAUCAAACAGAAAAACAGACGAGCAGCUAGAGCAUGACAGACUCUCAGCAGAGAACGGAGAGGAGCGGUCCAGACGCAAGGACAGGAGGCCCUCCAAGGGCCGGAGCUUUUCCAGGUCACACUCACGCGAGAGGCAGCAUCACAGCAAAAGUAAGGACAAACGGAGAUCGCGAUCACGCAGCCGGGACAGGAAGAAGAAGGCUCGGUCGCGGUCAGGUUCAAGGUCCAAACACCGCCAUCAUAGCAGAAGUCGCAGUAAGAGCAGGGAGCGAAAGAAAAGGAGUGAGAAAGUACGCAGAAAGAGUCGUAGCAGGUCUGUCAAUCCACCUGCCUUUCGGGGCCGAAACACAGCUAUGGAUGCACAAGAGGCCCUGGCCAGAAGGCUGGAGAGAGCCAAGAAACUACAGGAGCAGAAAGAGAAGGAAAUGUUGGACAAACAGCAGCAGCAACAGCAGGAGAUAGCUGCAGUGGCUGCCCCUAUCGCAGCAGUAGCUGCUGCCGCUGCAGCUGCCACCUCAAACCCUGCCCUCAAUGUGGCAGCCCUCCUGGCCUCUGGGACGCAGGUCACACCUCAGAUAGCCAUGGCAGCACAGAUGGCAGCCCUUCAAGCAAAAACACUGGCAGAGACUGGUAUUGCUGUGCCCAGCUACUAUAACCCAUCCGCUGUAAAUCCUAUGAAGUUCGCAGAGCAGGAGAAAAAGAGGAAAAUGCUAUGGCAGGGAAAAAAGGAGGGGGACAAGUCCCAGACAGCUGAGCUGUGGGAGAAGCUAAACUUUGGAAACAAGAACCAAAAUGUUAAAUUCCGCAAACUAAUGGGUAUUAAAGGAGAGGAUGAAGCUGAAGCUGCCAAACCACUUAAUGAAGAGGGCUUGAAGACUCUUCAAAAGCAGGAGGAGAUGUUCAGGAACCUUGAUGUUCAGUAUGAGAUGGCUCGCUCUCAGACACACACUCAGAGGGGGAUGGGACUCGGCUUCACCUCCUCAUUCUCGCGUGGAAUGGAUUCCAUGUAGUGCCGCACAUCGGCCGUCUUUGCCACUCAUCUGAUCAUAUAGGACCACCGAUUCAUCGCUAGCCCUCAAGCUUGCAUGGAUGUUGCUCUGAAUCUGUAAUUUAUUUAUAGACAAACAUCUCACGUAUUGAAACAUUAUAAUGUAAAUAGCCAGAUGCUGAGUUUGGCUCAGCGUCUAUUAAUCUGUACUGUAAUCUUUGCAAAAGGAUGCAUCGGUUUGACUGGUUGAGACUGGUUAAAAAUAGAUAUUUGUUUCAAUAAUGUGGUAGCUUCUUUUUUUUAACUCAAAUAUAUAUUGAUAUGUGAUUGUUUGAACAUAAAGUGAAUAUAAUGUGGUUCAAGUGAACACUGUUUACAUCCAUUUAGCGAAAGGCAUCUGAAGUCAGUGUAGCAUUAUCAGAAUCCCACAGAUGAUUGGGAACAACAAAACAGUGGGUUGUAAUACAUGUUGUCUUCAGGAUUGCAAUGGACAAAGAUCUGCUUGACAGGAGAAAUCACAUAUUUCAAUUGUUCUUGAAAUAAAUUAGUUUUGUGUUGAA